AUGGCCUGCAGCCCAGGCAGUGGGGCUUCCUUGGAGGGGAUUUCCCUGGGAUCCUCUGAAGAGGCAGAGCUCUGUAGGGAAGCCAUGCAGCAGGUCUUGGACAACCUGGGAUCCCUUCCCAAUGCCACCGGGGCUGCGGAACUGGACCUGAUCUUCCUUCGAGGCAUUAUGGAAAGUCCCAUAGUCAGAUCCCUGGCCAAGGCCCACGAGCGUCUGGAGGAGACCAAGUUGGAGGCUGUUCGGGAUAACAACCUGGAACUGGUGCAGGAAAUCCUCCGGGACCUGGCACAGCUGGCAGAGCAGAGCAGCACCGCUGCGGAGCUGGCCCGCAUUCUCCAGGAGCCUCACUUCCAGUCCCUCCUGGAGACUCAUGACUCAGUGGCCUCAAAGACCUAUGAGACACCACCGCCCAGCCCAGGUCUAGAUCCCACGUUCAGCAAUCAGCCAGUCCCUCCUGACGCGGUGCGCAUGGUGGGCAUCCGCAAGACAGCUGGAGAACAUCUGGGCGUGACAUUCAGAGUGGAGGGCGGUGAGUUGGUGAUUGCUCGCAUUCUGCACGGAGGCAUGGUGGCUCAGCAAGGCCUGCUGCAUGUUGGUGACAUCAUCAAAGAAGUGAAUGGGCAGCCGGUGGGCAGCGAUCCCCGGGCAUUGCAGGAGCUCCUGCGCAGCGCCAGCGGCAGCGUCAUCCUCAAGAUCCUGCCCAGCUACCAGGAACCCCACCUGCCCCGACAGGUAUUUGUUAAAUGCCACUUCGAUUAUGACCCUGCCCGAGACAGCCUCAUCCCCUGCAAGGAAGCAGGCCUUCGCUUCAACGCUGGGGACUUGCUCCAGAUUGUAAACCAAGAUGACGCCAAUUGGUGGCAGGCAUGCCACGUAGAAGGGGGCAGUGCUGGUCUCAUACCCAGCCAGUUGCUGGAGGAGAAGCGGAAAGCAUUUGUGAAGCGGGACCUGGAGCUGACCCCGACCUCAGGGACCCUAUGUGGCAGCCUUUCAGGAAAGAAAAAGAAGCGAAUGAUGUAUUUGACUACCAAGAAUGCAGAGUUUGACCGCCACGAGCUGCUCAUUUAUGAGGAGGUGGCCCGCAUGCCCCCAUUCCGCCGGAAAACCCUGGUGCUGAUUGGCGCGCAGGGUGUGGGCCGGCGCAGCCUGAAAAACAAGCUCAUUCUGUGGGAUCCAGACCGCUACGGCACCACAGUGCCCUACACAUCCCGGAGGCCCAAGGACACAGAGAGGGAAGGGCAGGCGUACAGCUUUGUGUCUCGUGGGGAGAUGGAGUCUGACAUCCGCGCUGGGCGCUACCUGGAACAUGGCGAGUAUGAGGGCAACCUGUAUGGCACACGUAUCGACUCCAUCCGGGGCGUGGUUGCCUCCGGCAAGGUGUGCGUGCUGGAUGUCAACCCCCAGGCGGUGAAGGUCCUGAGGACAGCCGAGUUUGUCCCUUAUGUGGUAUUUAUUGAGGCCCCUGACUUUGAGACCCUGCGAGCCAUGAACCGGGCUGCACUGGAGAGCGGAGUGUCCACUAAACAGCUGACGGAGGCAGAUCUGAGACGGACAGUGGAAGAGAGCAGCCGAAUCCAGAGGGGAUAUGGCCACUACUUCGACCUCAGCCUGGUCAACAGCAACCUCGAGAGGACCUUCCGUGAGCUCCAGGCUGCCAUGGAGAAGCUUCGAACAGAGCCCCAGUGGGUGCCCGUCAGCUGGGUGUACUGA